AUGAUGUCCGCCAUGCCAGCCAGAGAUGCUGUUGUACCACCACCCAAAGCACCAGAAGACCUCAUGGAACUUACCACCAGCCCUUUCGGCAGACGAGCCAUGUUGGGUAGAAAGCCCAUGUAUGAAAAAAAAGAUAUCAUGACUCGAAGCGUCAGAAAUAUUCUCUUUGCUGGUAACGAGGAUCUCGACACAAGCGGGAGGAGCGUUGGGCUCGACAGCAGCGCAAGGACGAGUGGGGAUCUUGACAUUAGCACGAGGAGUGGUGACAAUUUCAGUAUUCUUGAAACUGUUGGAGAGAACGACAUCGCAGACACCGCCGACAGCCUCCGAGAACAGGGCAGAUAUGAAGAGGCUCUGGUACUUUACAAGGAGGCACUUGAUCAAAAACUUGAAACAAAGGGCAAGAACCACAGGGAUACAGCAGAGGCCUACUUUAAGGUUGCAAAUGUCCUGUUCAGUCAAGAAAAAUACGACGAGGCUAUGGACAAUUAUCAAAAAGCCUUGAAGAUUAGAAUUAAGGUUCAUGGAUGGGAUCAUGAAAGCACCGCAGAUACCUACAAUUCUAUUGCCAAUGUUUUGCAGAAUCAGGGAAACUUCGAAGGGGCUAUGAGAGUUCAUCAAUUGAUCCUUUCCAUUCGAUUGAAGAAAGUGGGACGAGAGCACCCGGAUCUCGCCGAUUCGUAUACGAACAUGGCCUGUCUUCUGUGUGAUCAACAUGAAUACGCCGAGGCUUUGGUAAUGUUUCAACGCGCCCUAGGGAUUCGCAUCAGCACUGUCGGACCAGACCAUGCUGACACUGCGGCCACCCACCAUGGCAUGGCAACCGUCUAUAAAGAACAAUCAAAGAUUGACCAGGCCAGAACUACCUAUAAAAAGGCAUUGGACAUUCGUCAAAAAUGUCUGGGAGCGGAUCAUGAAGACACCAUCAAGACCCAAAAGCUUUUGGACGAACUUGCUGCCUGA